AUAAGAGCUAAAACAAAUCGAGCGAAUUUUGUUGAACCGAACGCACCUCAAACAUGUCGAGCCUGAGGAAAAUGAAAGACGAGGACCGCGAAUCCGAAUACGGGCGCGUCUACGCCGUCUCCGGUCCAGUCGUUACGGCGGAGUGCAUGUCCGGCUCUGCUAUGUACGAGCUGGUGCGUGUGGGCUACUAUGAGCUGGUGGGUGAGAUUAUCCGUCUCGAGGGCGACAUGGCCACCAUUCAGGUGUACGAGGAAACCUCGGGCGUCACAGUCGGUGAUCCCGUCCUGCGCACUGGCAAGCCACUGUCCGUCGAACUGGGUCCCGGCAUUAUGGGCAGCAUUUUCGAUGGCAUUCAGCGUCCGUUGCGCGACAUCGGCAUCAUGACCAGCUCCAUAUAUAUACCCAAGGGCGUUAAUACACCCGCCUUAUCCCGUUCCGAAAUGUGGGAGUUCAAUCCGUUGAAUGUGCGCGUUGGAUCCCACAUCACGGGUGGGGAUCUGUACGGCGUGGUGCAUGAGAACACAUUGGUCAAACAACGCAUGAUUGUGGCGCCACGCGCCAAGGGCACAGUUCGCUAUAUUGCUCCGGGUGGCAAUUACAAUCUGGAGGAUAUUGUGCUUGAAACGGAAUUCGAUGGCGAGAUCACAAAACAUACGAUGCUGCAGGUGUGGCCAGUGCGUCAACCGCGACCCUGCACCGAGAAACUGCCGGCUAAUCACCCACUCUUUACGGGACAGCGUGUCCUCGACUCCCUGUUCCCCUGUGUCCAGGGCGGCACCACUGCCAUUCCCGGUGCCUUCGGUUGCGGCAAGACUGUCAUCUCUCAGGCUUUGUCCAAGUACUCCAAUUCAGAUGUCAUCGUCUAUGUCGGUUGCGGUGAGCGUGGCAAUGAGAUGUCUGAGGUAUUGCGUGAUUUCCCGGAACUGACCUGUGAAAUCGAUGGCGUAACGGAGUCCAUCAUGAAGCGCACGGCUCUGGUGGCCAACACCUCCAACAUGCCUGUCGCUGCUCGUGAGGCUUCCAUUUACACUGGCAUCACGCUCUCCGAAUACUUCCGUGACAUGGGCUACAAUGUGGCAAUGAUGGCUGACUCCACGUCCCGUUGGGCUGAGGCUCUACGUGAGAUAUCUGGUCGUCUCGCCGAGAUGCCUGCCGAUUCCGGUUAUCCGGCUUAUUUGGGCGCACGUCUGGCCACCUUCUACGAGCGCGCUGGACGCGUCAAAUGUUUGGGUAAUCCCGAACGUGAGGGCUCCGUGUCGAUUGUGGGCGCUGUCUCGCCACCCGGCGGUGAUUUCUCCGAUCCCGUUACGUCCGCUACUUUGGGUAUUGUUCAGGUGUUCUGGGGUCUGGACAAGAAGCUUGCGCAGCGCAAGCAUUUCCCCUCCAUCAACUGGCUCAUUUCCUAUUCCAAGUAUAUGCGUGCCCUGGACGAGUACUACGACAAGAACUUUCCCGAGUUUGUUCCACUGCGUACCAAGGUGAAGGAAAUCCUACAGGAGGAGGAGGAUCUUUCCGAAAUUGUGCAGCUUGUGGGCAAGGCAUCGCUGGCGGAGACCGAUAAGGUUACCCUGGAGGUGGCCAAGCUGCUCAAGGAUGACUUCUUGCAACAGAACUCCUAUUCACCGUACGAUCGCGUCUGUCCCUUCUACAAAACGGUGGGCAUGUUGCGCAACAUUCUCGCCUUCUAUGAGACGGCACGGCAUGCCGUUGAGUCGACCGCCCAGUCGGACAAUAAGAUCACAUGGAACACCAUUCGUGAGUCGAUGGGCAGCAUUAUGUAUCAGUUGUCCUCCAUGAAAUUCAAGGAUCCCGUGAAAGAUGGCGAACAAAAAAUUAAGGCUGAUUACGAUCAGCUGUACGAGGAUGUGCAGCAGGCCUUCCGAAAUUUGGAGGAUUAAAAUGUGUACUUGAACCUAACAUGGAACCAAGAAAAACAUAACAACAAAUUUAAAACAAAUACCAAAAAAAUUACCAGAAACAAAAUAAGCAACCCAGUGUUAGGUUAUUAUUCGAAUUCCCCCAUCAAGCUAGUCAUAUUAUACAUAAUGCGUAAUAAGAUA